CAGACACACGCACACCCUCCAGCAGAAGCGGCAGAGCUGUUUGGGUCCGAAGCAGCAUGAGAAGUGAUAUCUGUACCUCCACGUACACAGCUGGCUGAUGCACUAACUCAAUCACACAUACUUCACUCUGAGGCGUACCUUGAUUCUAGGCAAGCAGACACACUUAGACUGAUCACACACUAAACUGUCUGCAGCCAGAAGUCAACAUGGGUCUUGUGAUGGGAACCUUUUCCAUGCAAACCAAGCAGGUGAACUACCACAAAGACAAAGCCGAUGAUGACUUGGAGAUGACCAUGGUGUGCCAUCGACCAGAAGGCCUUGACCAGCUAGAAGCUCAGACCAACUUCAGCAAAAGAGAGCUCCAAGUGCUCUACAGGGGCUUUAAGAAUGAGUGUCCCAGUGGCGUCGUAAAUGAGGAAACUUUCAAGCAAAUAUACUCGCAGUUCUUUCCACAUGGAGAUGCCAGCACCUACGCACACUUCCUGUUCAACGCAUUUGACUCAGCGCACACCGGCUCUAUUAAGUUUGAGGACUUUGUUACAGCUCUGUCCAUCCUGCUGAGGGGCUCCAUCACUGAGAAGCUACAGUGGACCUUCAACCUUUAUGAUAUCAACAGAGAUGGAUAUAUAAACAAAGAGGAGAUGACGGACAUCGUCAGAGCAAUUUACGAUAUGAUGGGGAAGUACACUUACCCCGUCUUGAAAACUGACACACCUAAACAGCAUGUGGAUGCCUUUUUUCAGAAAAUGGACAAAAACAGAGAUGGAGUGGUCACUCUGGAUGAAUUCAUCAUUUCUUGUCAAGAGGAUGAAAACAUCAUGAGGUCUCUACAGCUCUUUGAAAACGUCAUCUAAAAGUGUGGACGCUGCAAUAAAUGAAAGCACACGGAAUAGAAAAAAGAACACAGAGGAAGAAAACAAAGAGACACACGUGAAAACAAAGAAACAAAGAUCUUGUCAGUCCGUGUGGGAAAGUUGCCCCAGAGCUUCAUGGGAAAUGUUUUGCUGCGACCAAUCUGGGUGACAAACUAUUGCUGGUCUUGGAGAAGUUCUUCAGACUUAAAUCUUUAAUUUGAUCUUGUCUCUGUCUGAUUUUCUGCUGUUUGUCCAGUUACAGACUUUUUGGACAUGUGUAAAUACCAAUUCUCUUACAUUUGGUCGAAUAAUUUUCUGUAAAUUAAACCAGAUUAUUAAGCUGAACAGGAAUUUCUGAAAGCAGCUUAGCAGCGACACCAAUCACUGCAACCGUGGGGCUUAAAAAACAGCUUUUUCAUUCUGAAUUUAUGUGAAACAAACAUUAGCAAUAUUGUGAAGCAUGCAGGACAGAGGCCUGAGGAAUAUUUAACCUAUAUGUGCCAUACAGACUCUUGGUUGCAGUAAACACUUUCUAAGUGCAUACAUUUGGAAAGCAAGGGUCUGAGAGGAGUCGUCUUGUUUGUUUAUCAUAAUCCUACGAAGGUGUGCAGAGCUGAAUUUGUCCUUCUUACAACAGUCUUACGUCUUGUGACAGCUUGCAACAGCCUUUGAAGCUCCUCCUGUGUGAGUGUUAGUGGUGUCUGUCAGUGUCUUAGUGUUUAACCACCCCCACUUUAGAUAUUUAAUGUGGUGUUAGUGGCUUUUUCUUGCUGUAAGGCAUUUAUGUGCGUCUGUGUAAUCUGGUUUUGCCUAUCUGUCUAUCUUUCUGUCAAAUAAACUUAAUUGUAAUGAUUCUAUUUAAAAAGAGUUCAUUUGAAGGUUUCCAUGCAUAAAGAGUGAUGCAGAGAUGUGCAUGUAUCUGUGAGUGUGAUGUCCUGGUGUAAAGUGUCAUAAGUGUCAUUUCUGAGCAUGUUGCUUCAUCGUGUGAAUGCGCCAAUCAGUUUGGUCAAACGGGCCAUUUUUCUGCUCGAGAGGAGAGUGUCUUCAUAUUUUCUAUUCGUUAACAAAUGCAGACUGAGAGCGACCAACGUUUUCACUGUGAGGGAGAGACAGAGGAGGGAUGAGGAGAAAGACGGAUGACGAGAGAGACCUUUCCACUGAUUCUGAGGGAAUGGAAGCCAUGUUUCAAAUAAGAGCCAUCGAGUUGAAGAUUGAGCAGGACGAAAAACCCAGAUUUAUGGAGAAUUUACGGUCAUGCCCUCUCACUGUGCUACCAAUAGUGUAAUAACACUCCUGCUUGUAUCAAAUGUACCAAGACAUGCUUUCACGUACUGUAGAUAGACAGGAAGAUAAACAGAUAGACAGCCUCAAACGGUCAGAAUGAAAUGAUGUGCUAAUUCAAAUUGUAUAAAAUCAUUAUAUUUAUCAAUAAACUUUUCAAGAAACAAAAUUA